AUGUGGGCGAUUCUGGGACUGUGCGUUGCGCUCGUGAUGGGCUGGUCUCUGCUGCAGUCCAAGUCGUGGACUGCCAAAGGCAAGAAUGUCUUGAUUACUGGCGGCUCUCAAGGACUUGGCCUUGCGCUGGCCAAGCGCCUCGCGUCGCACGGCGCCAAUGUGGUCAUCUGUAGCCGUUCCGAGGCGAAGCUCCAAGCGGCGACCAAGGAAGUCGAGACUGUGCGCCUUAAUCCGGGCCAGACCAUUGCGUACGUUUCUGCCGACGUGUCGACCUUCCAAGGCGCUGCUGAGGCGCUGGCCAAAUGCCCCACCACUCCCGACACGGUCUUUUGUUGUGCUGGCGGAGCCAAGCCGGGCCUGUUUGUCGAGCAGACUGAGGCGGACUUUCAGGCGGCGGUGCGCACGGACUACUUCACCGCGCUUGCUACGGCACAUGCGAGUGCCAAGGCGAUGCUCGCGAGCCAUGUCCAGGGCCGCAUCGUGCUUGUGAGCUCGGUGAUGGGCUUCAUGGGCCUCGUUGGAUACUCACAGUAUUCGCCGAUGAAGUAUGCCAUCCGCGGUCUGGCCGAGUGCCUCCGUUCCGAGUUUGGCCUGUACGGCCUGACGGUGCAGACCUACUUCCCUGCGACCAUCCUCUCGCCCGGCUUUGACGAGGAGAACAAGACCAAGCCUCAGGUGACAAAGGACAUUGAAGGCGCAGACGACCAAAAGACGCCCGAGCAGUGUGCCGAGCACUUGGAGCGCGGCGUCGAGGCCGGCCACUUCUCCAUUACCGAUGGCCUUGUGGGCAUGUUCCUCCGCAUCUCGUCGGGCGGCAGUGCCCCUGGCAAUGGUCUCCUGGUCGACUCGCUGCUCUUUCUUCCCGCUCGCCUCGCGCUGCUUGUCUGGCGCAGGUUUGUUGCGGAUCGGACCGUGGCACAGUAUCGCAAACCUCAAUAG